UCUAUCUUGUAUUUCUAGUAUCUUUGGCUGAGGCUAGACAUUUGCUCGCCAGAGCAGUUCAGGAGGCGCGCGUUGACGGCUUUCUGUUGUACUACCACACGAGAAUUCUCCACACGAUACAUCUAGAGAAAGUCACAUUACUAGCCUAGGAAGGAGGCCUACAUUUUUUCGAUAUACUUAUCACUUCGAGGCGAUUUUUAAUAGGUUAUGUUGAGCCAGUUUCGGCUUCGAAGCUCCGCCUACCGAAGUUAACCUAAAGUUGAACUUGGAUGUGACGCGCAGUCGGUCUGUUUGUUUUGACAGGCUCGAUGAAAUAUUGUAUAGCCUAGCAUAUUGACAUAAAUGACCAUAGGAAGGGUCUUUUGUUACCAAACAAUGUCUUGUUGUAUGGCUGCAGCAACAACCAUUCAAACGAUUUUACCAAGCAUUAGUUCCCAAAAGACGGAAUUUUAAAGAAAAAAAUGUACUGGAGCCAUAUGAAAAACUUGAGUACACUUCCAGGGCUCCAUACAUUCAGUGUUGUGCAGCGAGCAUUUUCCGGUCGAUGACUUCGAGUCAAGAAGUGUACUGGCAAAACAAGCUUCGGGUUGUCUGGCCGCAAAAACAAAAAAGAUGGAGUAAUCCCAACACUUUAAAAAACCUUUUCGACCAGGGCCGUUGAUGCGCAACCAGGACAGUUGAUGGGCAACCAGGACAGUAAACGAAGAUCUACAGCCUACGAAAAGAGAGAGGGAGAUGUCCAGGGUAGGCCUAGGACUUUGUUAGCCGCGAUGCAUUACAAUGAGAAAUGUGGAAGACAGCAAGCUACAACUAAGAAUGGAGGAGGAAGCCGAUUUGCAAUUAAGUACCCAAUCUAUGACUUUGUUGACACCUUUGGAUCUACUGUAGUGAUAAGUUUCUGUACUACUGAUGUGUGCAGCCAUACACAGAUGCGCCACCAUAUCUUUGUAGCAGCUACGAACGACAGGAUAAAACAAAGGAUAUUGCUCCUCACCGCACCCACUUUGCUGAAUAACUGUAACUUAUGAUAAACUUGGAUUCUUGAACCCUGUGAAUUUAUUAACUAGACUUAAAUUUUCUUCUUAUUUGAGCGACAGCA